GUACUCCUUGAGUUUGAUGACAGGUAAUACUUUCAUCCAAAACAAAGUGAGAAGAAAAGCAGCCUUUCUUACUUAACAGAAGAUGUUUUAAAAUUUCUUGUUUAUUUCGGUAAUUACCUGCGUAAAACUCGUUAUACAGAAAAACAAAUGGAGUGCGAAAAGUGUGACGCAGACAUCAGAGAUGUUGCGGAUAUCAAGCCAGAUACCACCACCCUAGAGAUGGAGCUCGAGGAGGCGCUAUCCUCGAGCAGUGCCGACGAUACUCCGCCGGGCAUGAUAGUGGUGGAGACGCCUAUCAGUCAGUGGGACCUGAAGCCUCAUCGGUCCAAAGACAAGGUAUCCGUUCCGGAACCAGAAGUAAUCGAGACACCCGCCUGCUCCGUGUCCCUGGGCCUCAAGUCGAAUGACCAGUUUAAAAAGUUGCCGCAGCCCAGCCACCCAAUGGUCAGCACCGAGGCCGCCCUGGCCGCCGCCACUUGCUCAACCUAUGGACCGCCCACGCCGCUGCCCAAGCCCGUUUGCAUAAUCAGUGGGACGGAGUCCAUAGCCACGUUGCGUCAUUGCAUCGACGGAACCACGCAGUGCAACAACCUGGGCCUGGGAUACGAGUCGGCAUCUAACGAGUCGGUGCCCUCAGUGGGAUCGCUCGUCUGUCGCAUUUGUCACAACGCCGAUAACCCAGAACAACUCGUGUCGCCGUGCUUGUGCAAGGGCUCCCUGACAUAUGUCCAUGUGCACUGCCUGGAGCGUUGGAUUAGCACCUCGCGCUGCACCACCUGCGAGCUGUGCCAGUUCCAGUACUCCACGGAGCAGACGUUGCGGUACACCUGCCUGCAGUCGCUGCGCCUGUGGUAUUCGCGGGCCAUGAGUCGCAGGGCUCUGCAGGAGGAUUGCCAGAUGUUCUCCCUGCUCACCCUGGUGGCCUUUGGCAUCAUUGGAACCCUGCUGGUGGGCAUCCAGUACUAUGCCAUGCAUACCCACUCCUGGGGCCUGAGCAAGCUCUGGACCAAGUCGUGGAUGCUGUUCUUCCUGUUCAUGACGAUUACUGUCUACUUUGCCAACAUCUAUAUGCUGAUCAAGUCCCAGCUGACGCCGUGGUAUCGCUGGUGGCAAUCUGCGCGGGACAUCAAACUAAUCCUGGAGAAUCGACGACCCUUCCCUAAUCCAAGCCGCCUACUAAAGGCUAUCCAAUUGGAAACGGCCUCGACGACAGCCUCCAUGUUCACCCACCAUGAUCAGCUCGACAUGCCUGCCAGGAACACUUCCCUGACGAUCACCUCCAGCGAUGAUGAGCCUGGGGACGACAAGUCACCCCAGAAAUGGGGCGCCCGCCUGGACAGCGAGGUAUUAGCCGCCGUGGUGGCUGCCACCGUGCAAUCGAUUGCUGACGCCAGUGCCAUCGAGUGCGACCAGAGGCAGGAGCAGGAGGAGCAGGAGCAAAGGCAGAAGAAGCAUCAUCAUCAGCAACCUCAACCUCGACCGGAUGGCAUCCACUGAAGGGCCAAUGACAAAUACUGGACUUGGUCUCCGGGGAAGGGUGAACGGUUGCCUGGGCUGGGCAAGUAAUUAAGGCUCAAGGGCAAGGAUUUAGCUUGGCUUUCGCUGUUUGCGUGUCAUUUGUUUAAUGUAGUUUCAAUGCUUUUAAUGAACUUUUCCAAUGAGAGCUUGAAUUAAAUGGGUAAACUUGA